AUGUUCUACUUCCACUGUCCGCCUCAGCUGGACGGAGAGUGCUGCCGCUCCAACACAUUGAAUUCCAGCGGUUUUGCCAACCACGCCGCGGCUGAUUUUGAUGAUGGAUUUCUCCGCAGAAAACAGCGCAGAAACAGAACAACAUUUACUUUGCAACAGUUGGAGGCUUUGGAGGCUGUCUUCGCUCAGACUCACUACCCGGACGUGUUCACCCGAGAGGAGCUUGCCAUGAAGAUCAACCUGACCGAGGCCAGGGUGCAGGUUUGGUUUCAGAAUCGCAGAGCAAAGUGGAGGAAGACGGAGCGAGGGAGCACAGACCCUGAAGGAGGGAAAGAGCAGAUGAGUGAGGGCACUCCUCCAUCUCGCAGCAUCAACUCUCAGUCCCCAGUGGACCAGAGCAGAAAACAGAAAGAACCACUGGAGAUGCAGCAGAGUAUCAACAGGACAGUGGGUCCUGGUGGUCCCUUCUUCCCAUCUUGUAUACCAGGGACGCUGCUCAAUUCUGCCACCUACGCCCAGGCCCUCUCACAGGUCGCCACACUGAAAGGUAAUGGUUUGUGCUCCUGCUGCGUUUCCGACCCCAUGGGCCUGUCCUUCCUGCCGCCCUAUGGUUGUCAGGGCAACCGCACAGCCAGCGUGGCCGCCCUGCGCAUGAAGGCCCGUGAGCACUCGGAGGCCGUGCUGCAGUCCGCCAACCUGCUCGGGGCGGCAACUGGGCCCGGCGCCGGCGUGGGAGUCCUGUCUGGAGUCGGAGUCAGCCCGGCCGGGGUGGCGAGGCCCACGGUGGGUCCUGCCAUCGAGGUGGGAAGAGGAGGAGACAGCUCCAGUCCCAGCCCGGUCAACAAGGUCCCAGUCCUGGGCAGCAACCCUGACAAACACCCUCAAUGCUCCAAGGAACCACUGGAGAAAAAGUGA